AUGACUUUAAUUUAUACCCAAUCUCAUGUUAUUCGUCCAUUAGACCGCGCUUGUACAGAAAACUUUAAUAUUCCCCCGCGGUCGUCUUCUGCUUCCCCUGAAAAAAAGUCUUCUGAAAUUAUCCCUCGCAUGUGUUCUGCUACUCCGCCUUCUACAUCUGCUUAUAAUGACAAGAUGUAUGAUCUACCAAGUAUAGUUGCUCCUUGUCCCAAGAAAGCUUUGUAUGCAUAUGCUGGUCACUUGUCCAACAAUAAUUUCGCCCCUGUUUCUCCUCAAGCUGAGAAUCCUUGGGGACUUUCCUCUGUUCAAGAAGAUAUGGAAGAAGAUCAUUUAAUUCUUGAUAAUGCUGUUGACCUUUUUGAAGCAAUGUCUGAUGAUGCUCUUGCUUGUGCUGAACUUUUAGAAAUAAUGGGUAAUUCAAGUUGCGGCUCUAGUAGCCCUGUUUCUCAACCUGCUUCUCCGGACAAUGUUCAUAGAGUUAACUCUACAUCUCCUAUUAUUAAAGCUGAUCAAGAUGAUAAAAAAGACAUUGCUAAUGAAAAUGGUCAUAAUUCCAUUCCUUAUUCUGGUGCCAUUGAGAUUGAUCGUAUGAAGCAGAAACCUGAGUCUCGUCCAAUGCGAUUGCCUGUUGAUAACUUUCAUUUGAUUCUUGGUUCUUCUCCAAUUACUCGCGCUCAUAAUCCAUUACCUAUGGAUUCUCAUUUUUCCCCAAGCAAACGUCAUCACCAUCAUCAAGCUCAACCUUACCCUUCUCGUCCUGCUCUUCAUCAAGCCGCUAAUAUUCAAAAAAGAUUAUGUGAUACUGUCUCUAAUGUUCAAGUCGGUGGUGGUUCUCUUGACGAUUCCGUUCAACCUCCUCUUUCAAAAGCUUCUAAAGCUGCAAUUUUAUUGCGUAUAUCUGAAGGUGGUCGACGUAGGUCUUUAUCUGUUGGAAGUGCCGGGUUAAAACCUGGUAAACUUAUUAAUCGUGUGUAA